AAGAAAGCUUGGAUUCAUUAUAGCUGACGUCAAAGCGUCCCACAAACUCUUGAAUUCGACUGCCCGCCAUAUUGGCAGUUGCUUCUACCGCUCCUCCCAAACAUAGCUCGCGUCUGCCCUUUUCCGCUUGUCGAUAAACACGAACAGAAGAGCUACAUAAAUCAAGCGUUCGUGCGACGUCUUGGCGCAUCCCACCAACCAACAUCCUAGCUUGGGCCGCAGCUGUGACGCAUGGGGUGCCUCCCCUCAGGGCUGGUCGACUGGGACGCCGUUUACUCCGCCAUCCAACCUCAUGCGACCUUUGCCGCUGGCGUCUUGUUCGGCCUGGCAUGGUGGAUCUGGGGUGACGCGCUGGUUGUCUCCAUAGCCCUCCACGGUGCCUCCUUCGCGCCCCUCAGCCUGCUGCCCGGGCUGGGCGCCACCGCGGCGGUGCUGCUCAUGAACUGCGUGAGCCGCCAGGAGGUGGCGGGGGAGUACCUGGAUGAGGCGGCCACGACCCGUGCCAAGCUGUUGCUGCUGCUGUCGUACCUGGUGUCCCUGGGGUCGCUGGCGGGGGCGGUGGCGCUGCUGCUGGCGGGGGCGGCAGGGGGCGGGCGGGCGGGAGGAGGAGGAGGAGGGGACACGUGGGUGGGAGCGAGCGGCGUGCUGCAGUGCUGCCUGGUGCUUGCCUCCGGGAUGCUGUGCUGGUUCUUCCAUGCAGAGGACUCGCAGCUAGGGGGGUAUUCAUAUCUGUGAGGGCGAGGUACGCCCACCAGAUGGGGGGGUAAAGAGGAAACAACUAACUGAUGGUGGGGGCGCGUACCUGUAGGGGUAUGUGGGAUAGCACAGAAGCGCAUGUUGAGUGUACUAGUAGUAGGGCAGCAGAGACACUGAAGGAGCGGCUUGCAUUGCAUGGUUCAUGGUGCAUGGUGCAUGGCAUCUGGGUCAUUGUGUGGGGUAAGCGGGGGCCGGGCAUGCCCGGGAGGCUUGGCAGGUUGUCCGUGUGUGCGGUUGUGCUGGGAUGCUAGAGGAUUAGGUACACUGAGCCGCGACCCUGACAGUAGUAGAUGCCAGGGAGGAAGCUAGGCCACAGUCCUCCCAGUCAUCAGAUGGCGCAGGUUGAUGUAGGUUGGGCAGGGAGUGGGACGGCAGGUGGAGUGGCGGAGCAGGAACACCUUGCAGGCUGCAUUCAACUGGUGACAUGCCUUUGUUGAGAUAUAAUGCAAUAUCUGCAUCUGUUGGGCAGAAGGUGGCAGUACUUGUUUGAAGAAC